AUGGCUUCAAGUGUGUGUUUUGCAAUCUUGGCCGUUAAUAUGUGUAUGGGUAAACGAUUCAGUAAAAGGCCGGAGACACCCGAGAAAAUGAAACUGAAAAGUAUUUGGAUCGAAGGCGUGGACAAAAUUUCUGAAAACACGACCCUCCCACCUACUUUUGAUCGGACCAAAGAAAUAACCGUAAUCAUUCAUGGAUAUUUGGUGGACUCUUCAUUACCAGGCAUACAGGAUCUAGUUCAUGGAUUAGGAAAGAAAAACUACAAUGUCCUGAUGGUUGAUUGGGCGACAGGUACUACUGAAGAUUAUGAUCAAGCCGCUUCUAACGUACAGACAGUUGGGGCUUAUGUGUACCAAGUUCUAAAACAGAACUCCAUUCCUCUGGACAAAGUGUAUAUCAUUGGACAAGGUCUGGGGGCACAUGCCGCAGCAGAGGUCGGAAAAUUAUCCAAUGGGAAAAUAGGCCGCAUAACAGGUUUAGAUCCAUCUAGUCCUCUUUUUGAAAACACCAAUUUUGGAAUUAACAAAGACUCUGCCCAGUUCGUGGAUAUCAUACACACAGAUGCAAGAAAAUUUGGUUACGGAAUGAAAAAGGCCUGUGGUCAUUUGGACAUCUACGUAAAUGGAGGGAGACGUCAACCUGGGUGCAUCUAUAACCCAACAAAACCUGUCAGCAUCCCAGAUCUAAAAAAAGCGACGUUCAGUAAAGCCUGUGGUCACUUAAAGGCAAUUGGAUACUACGUGGAAUCCCUUUCGGACAAAUGUAAGCUGAGAGCCUGUGAGUGUACAUUCCAGAAAUUCCUUCAGUCCAAUUGUAGCUGGACUAACUGUGUUUCCUGGGGUUAUAACGCCACUAAGGAAGCAAGGGGAACUUUCUACGGGGUAACAGCUACCUCCUUCCCGUACUGCAGAUAG